AUGAAGACCAUUCUCUCUGCGCUCGUUGCGGCCACCAUGGCAAGCAUCACUCAUGCCUCUCCAUUUGACGCUGGACUUGUUGCUCGGGAUGAGAGCGUGAUCCCCUGCCCCAUCGGCCUUCUGGGCUGGGAGGAUCCAGUCACCCCCGAAGGUCCUGAUGUGUACUACGAGGGCGCCGACAUCGAGGCCAUCAACGCUCAGAUUCUUGCCGAUACCCCCGAGGCCUCCAUAUUUGUCAACAUCACCGAGUCUGAUGUUGAGAAGAGAGCCGGGCACGGCAGCAGCCCCAUCGAAGCUCGCCAGGCCUAUUCUCAAACCUGCGGAGCCGGACGCUGGGGCCUCUUGUCCCAGAUCGAUAUCCAAACUGGUAUCAACCAUUUGUACAACGUCGGUCGCUGCAUUGUGCAGGCACGCCAGUGCAUUCGGACCACAUGCAAUCAGGACUCGGCCAUUGCGUGGUGCAACGACAACACGUACGCCAUCAACGUCCCGUGCAGCACCGUCGCCGACUUCGCUUCCCUUGCCAUGUGGGAAUGCGUCAACUGGCGCGAGAUCCCCUUCCCGAAUCUUCCCUCUACCCAGCGUUUCCACGAAGCCGAGCGCUGUAAUGUUAUUCUAUCGGAAUGCGGCUUCUUCAACCCUGGUGGCCAGCCGGUUUGA